AUGAACCUCUCUCCGCCAAGUGGUGGUGGUGUAUCGUCAUCGCCAAUAACUCCCGCACUUCAAGGGGGAGGAAACCAUCAUGUUUUUCCAAGAUCUUCAACGGCUCCUCUGAAACCAUCAUCAUCAUCACUCUCUAAUAAUAAUUUUCAAUCAUCACGUGACAAUUCACACGAUUAUUAUUACUUUCAUCAACUCAUUAAGCCUUCUUUUGAUUAUGAAUUACUUUCUAAAUGUUAUCAAAAUCAUCAACUUGUCAUACAACAAUUAAGUGGUGUUGGUGUUGGUGGUGGAGAUUGGAAUAACGUUAAAACAUCCUCCUCCUCCUCCUCAACAACAACAAAUUGUGAUGUUGCAACAUUCAAUGAAAAGACCACCACUCUCAACCAUCCACCACCACAAACGAAAGAAGAACAUUCCGAAACCACCACCUUGUCCUCCUCAUCCUCCUCAUCCUCCUCUUCAUCCAAAGAAUUUCAUGACGAUGAUGCUGGUCAUUCCGGAGAUGGAGAUGGUCAAACCAACAAUCAUUGUUCUUCAUUGCCUUCUUCUCCGAAUGUAUUAUCAGAAACUACACACCAUGAGGAUGACAUUAUGAAAAAUACCACCACAAAAUCAUCCUCUCAACCCAUUCCUCUCAUUGCAUUUACUGUUGAGCAAUUGAAUGAUUUCUUUGCUGCCAUUCGAGAUGGUCAUGUCGAUGGAUUGAUUCACCGAAUUCUAACUGGAGCUCCAACUGCUGUUACUGCUACUACUAGUACCACGAAUAUAUUGUAUCCUAAUAGUAUUGGUAGUAGUCAUAGGAGUAGUAAUAGGAGUAGUAGUAGCACUACGACCACGACGACAAGUAACCUCCACACCUCCCAUACACCUCAUGAAACUGAAGAUCAUGAUGACUUGGAUGAUGCAUCAUUUCAUGAUGACCGUCACCAGGAUCAUGACUCGUUCGAGAGAGAUACAUAUAGAUUCAAUCCUCACUCUUCAAUGACCAUCCUUCCAUCCUGUUAUUUAUUCAUUCGAGAUUUUCAAUAUAGAAAUGUCUCGACCACUUCACAUGCCACUCUGGGAUACAAUUGUUUACAUUUAGCUUGUCAAUAUGGACAUUUGAAUAUGGUUGAAGAAAUGGUUGAGAUUUUCAGAGAUCAUUUUCCUCAUGUUCCACUCAUCGAUUAUCUCUCACUCAAAUCUUCGAGUGUUCAUGAAAUGACACCUCUCAUGAUUGCAUGUCGAUACGGUCAUUACAAUAUUGUCAAAUAUCUAGUUCCAUUUCAGAAAUUAACCAUUCAAAAGAGUUUGAGUGGAAAAUUACCCAUUCAUAUUGCCAUGUUCUCUGGAAAUGAUACCAACACUUUGGAUAUUGUAAAAUUAUGUAUUCCUACCUCUGCACUCAACAAAUUUGCAUCACAUGCAUUGCAACAACAUGUUGAAACAUUAUUGAUGAGUAGAGAUGUGAAUGGAGAUGAUUUAUUAAUUUUAGCAGCAAAGGAAAACAAAUUUGAUGUCGUUGAAUAUAUCAUUUCAUUGUUAAAAGUUGUAUCCAUAGAAACAUUUAUUUCAGUAUUGACCACGAGAAAUGUUUAUGGAAACGAUGCUCUGUAUUGGGCCUAUACGAAUCAACAUUUUGAAUUGGCUGCUUAUUUACGAGAUGAAAUCAUUGAAUUGAGUGAUACGAUUCAGAAGAAACCAAAUCUGUUGUAUGGAGGAGGAGGAGGAGGAGGAGGAUCAUGUUCACCAAAUUUAAAUUCUCCAUUAUCGCCAUUCAGAUCAUUGACAAGUUUUGAACCAUCUUCUUUUCAUUCAUGGAUGAGUAGUAGUGGUAGUAGUAGUAGUGGGGGUAGUAGUAGUGGUAGUAGUAGUAGUGGGAGUAGUAGUGGCAGUAACACAAAUCAUACAUUAGGAACAAUGAGUGGUGGUGGCAGUGGCAGUGGCAGUAACACAAAUAACACUCCGAAUCACACAUUAGGAACAAUGAACACAACCUCCAUCACGACUGUGAAUCAUCAAGACAAUGCAUUAUUGUUGUUAUCACUCGAUCAACAACAUGCAUUCAAUCUUGAACAAUCUCUAUUACUCUCUCUCAAAGAUCAUUUCAUGCAAUGUAUUGAACAAAAUGAUGUUCUUACUUGUGAUAUUCUCAUUGAUAAGGUUGGAAGAGAUUUACUCAAAUGCACCACACGUGAAAUGAAUGUGAUUCAAAAUAGAUCUAUUAUGAAUAGUGAUACAACACAUCAGGAUGCUAAUAAUCAUAGCCAUACUAGUACUAUGGAUGAUUCAAUGAUGAUUCAUGAAUGGAAUUAUACACCUCUUCAUAUUGCGUGUCAAUGUCUAAAUAAGGAAAUUUGUUAUUACUUGAUCGAUACGUUUGAAAAAUUAUUUGGAAAAGAACAAUUACGAGAAUGGAUCAAUCAUCAAUCGGACAAGUAUCAAUGGACAGCACUCAAUUUGUUGUGUAAACACAGUGGUGCAAGAAUUUUGAAUCAUCAUUUUGCAACAAGUGGUACUCCACUUUUUAAUUCUUCCAAAAUUCAACACAAUGAACAAGGAAAAGCCAACGACAUGAUGAAAUUGUUAUUGGAAAAGGGAGCAGAUUUCACACUUGCCAAUUCAUUUGCAAUGAGACCUAUUCACACAUUGGCUAUUUAUCAUGGUCCUAUUUCAAUGGUUAAAUUACUUAUUGAAAAUGGAGAACAUGUGGAUGUGAGACAUUCAUUCACAGGUUAUACAUCGUUGCAUUUGGCAGUCUUGUCAGGAUAUUUAGAUUUAGUCAUGUCAUUGGUGAAUGACAUGUUAGCUGAUGAGACUAUUUCAAGUUGGAAUUCAUCUCAAAUGAAUUUUUCAUCAUCAAUGACCACCAAUGAAAGUACAAUCAUUACUACAACGACUACAACUACAACUACGACAAAUACAUCUGCUACAACUACCACGACCACACCAACACCAACAACAUGGUCGAGUGAACCACCAACACAACAAUUGUCAGACUCUUCGACUCCUCGUUCCUUCCUAAAUCUCAUCAUCAUUGGAGAAACACCUCGUGAAUUAGCGACUCGAAUCGGCAAUGAAGAUAUUUGUAAAUUCUUCAAGACAAAUACUCUAUCCUUAUUACAUGCCAUGAAUGUGACGAUGAAUACUCCUCCAACUCUACACUCCACAACAACAACAACAAACACUGCGCAGGCAUCGUCGUCCUCUUCUUCUUCAACACCACCACCUCCUCCUCCAACCUCUACAAGUACAGCCACUACGACUACAACUGCCACUACUCCAACUGCCACUACUACAACGAAUUCUACUCCAAGUACAACCCCAACUGCUACUACUACUACUCCAAGUACAACCCCAACUGCCACUACUACUACUACUACAAUGAAUCCCAAUAUGACCUCAACCAAUCUUUGGAAUUCUGAAAACCCCAAUAAUGGAAUCUAUACAUCCUCACAAAUGAUGGUUCAUCUCUCCAAUCAAUUAUGUAUAUCAUAUUUCAUUCGUCAUGUGAAACGAGAUAAUUACAUUCUCGUUCAACAACUUGUAAAAUUGAAUCCAAAUUAUUUACAAUGUGUCGAAGAUGAUGAAUGGAGAUAUAGUUGUUUCCAUUGGGUUGCACAAAAAGGAUGUUAUCAAACCGCACAAGUUCUUCUCAAAUAUGCUCAACACUAUUUUUCACCACAACAAGUGAAACAUUUCUUGAACCGAAAAAGUUUGAGAACCAAAUGGACACCUCUCGGACUCGCAGCCAAAUACAAUCAUGCUCAUGUCGCUAAAUUAUUACUAGAAGGAGGAAGUGUCAUGUCCCUGACCACGACUUCAGGAAAUCGACCCAUUCAUAGUGCUGCAUUUUACAAUAGUUUAGAAGUAUUGAAAUUAUUGAUUGAAGUUGGAGGUGAAGAUGUCAAUGUUCAAGAUUCCAAAGAUGGAUUCACAGCACUCAUUAUGGCAGCACAAGAAGGACAUCGAAAUUGUUGUUCGUAUUUACUUUCUCGUGGUGCAGAUCCAUCCAUUAAAAGUAAGGAAGGAGAUUCAAGUUUGUAUUGGGCCUAUGAAAAGAAUCACACGAGUAUUGUCGAGUUAUUAAUUCGAGAAUUAGAGAGACGUCACAUGAGAGAACCAUUGAAUCAAUUUUUUUUCAAAGCCGUAAAAAAGAAUGACUUGUACACGGUUGAAAAUAUGAUUAUGAAAAAUAAGGAAUAUUUAUUGAUACGUGAACCUGAUGAAUGGUCCUAUUCUCCAUUGCAUUGGUGUUCACAGAAAGGUCAUACUCAAAUGGCACAAUUUUUAAUUGAAAUGAUUCAAUUGUAUUACAGUGAUCAAUUCUCAGAUUUAAUUAAUGCAAAAGGUACUAAAAUUAAUUGGACACCCAUUGGUUUGGCAUGUCGAUACAAUAAUUUAGAAAUUGCCAAAUUAUUAGUGAAACAUGGAGCAGAUUUUACCAUUCCUACUAAAAAUGGUAAUCGACCCAUUCAUAACGCAUCGUUUACAGGACAUCAAGAAAUUGUUAAAUUCUUAUUGGAUUGUGGAGAGAGUGUCAAUGUUCGAGAUUCUAAAUAUGGUUAUUCUGCAGUCAUGUGUGCUGCCAAGAAGGGUCAUUUCAAUCUCGUUAAAAUGCUCUAUGAACACUAUGGAGCAGAUUUAAAUGCUACCAAUACCAAUGGAAAGACUGCUUUACAAUUAGCAAUGGAUCAUCAACAUGAUGUCAUUGUCAAGUAUUUGAGAGAUCCACCAUCCUUAGAUCAACAAUUACCAAGACAAGUUCAACAACAAUUACCAAGACAACAACAAGUUCAACAACCACCUCAAGGAUUAUCUUCGUCGUCAUCAUCCUCCUCCUUAGGAGCAUCUACUCUCUCGACAUUACCUCUCAGUACUAGUUCAGUGAUCAUGUCUCGAAAGAAUUUACUCGUAUUUGUCACUGCUUUCAUUGGAAAAUCUCAAUUUAAAAAGAAAAUCAAAUUGGAUGGAAUGGAUUCGAUUAGUACUCUCAAGAAUGCUCUCAUUCAUUCACUCACUGGUCAUUUAUCAUCAUCAUCAUUACCAUUAUCAUCAUUACCAUCAUUAUCAUUACCAUCAUCAUCAUACAAAGAAGAAUCUUUGAACAAUCACAUGAAUUCAUUUGUAUUUUUAUAUUAUGAUGAUCAAUGUCAAACCUAUCUCAAUUUAGAUGCAGAUGCUCUUGAAUUUCUUAAAGAGAAUCCAAAUCUUACUAAAAUUGUCAUGAAAGAGAACAGUAUGUUGUGGAGUGAAUUCAAUCAUGGUGGUCAUGGUAUAUGGACUCCAUCCAUUGAUUUGACCAAAACUCAAGAAAUUGAUUUGGAAUCUAAAUUCAAUGCCAUGCCACUCUACACUCCAACCAGUGAAUAUUCCAUCAUGGAUGAUUCAUUGGGUGGUAUGAAUAGUAAUACUACCCAGAGUUAUAAUAAUAAUAAUAUUAUUAGUAGUAGUACUAGUAGUAGUAGUGCUAUUAGUAGUCACAGUUACCAAGGCAUGAUGAACCCACCACCUCCACCACCUCAACCACCAUCCACCUCUUCUCAUCGAUCUAAAAAACUUGCAUCUUCUUCCAUAGCAGCACAAUUCCAACAAGAAAUGAUACCAUCCUCAUGUACCAUGACCAUGACCACCAUGAUUCGACAUCGAUAUCAAGUACUGAAACCCCAUCCUGAUACUUUUAGAGAAUAUUUUAGAGGAGCCGAACGAAACAUCUUUCAUCCUUUCUAUUCAUCCACUCAUCCAACUUUACCGUUCAACUAUAAUAAUUUCAAUAAUAAUAGUACUACAACUACAAGUGCUACUACUAUUACUACUACAAGUGAUAGGACUCCAAAUAGUGCUACUACUACUACUACUACUAAUACCACUACUCCAAAUGACACUACCACCACCACCACCACGACUGAGAGUUGUUGUUAUCAAUGUCGAGAUAUCAUGACCAAUGAAAUGGUCAUUUUAACAAUGUAUCCACUCGAUAAGAAGAAUGAUCUUCAUUCCUAUAUUCAACAUUUGAUAAGAAUUACCAAAUUAUCAUCUUUUAAUCAUUCCAUAGUUCCAAUAUUGGAUGGAUUUGAAUGGUUUUCACCUCUCUAUGGACGUCAAUUUUGUUACGUAACACCCUAUUAUGGUGAACAUUUUAUGGAUUUACGACAAGUGAUUAUGAAUUAUAAAUAUCAAUCGAGACAACCCAUUCCAGAAAAGAUGAUUAUUAGAAUUUUGAAAGAAUUAUGUUCUAUUCUUUCAAAUAAUAGUUCAAUGACCUCAUUCAUGAAUACUAGUAAUGAUCAUUCUACUGGUAUUGGUAAUAGUAGUAGUAAUAAUAGUCAUUCUACUUCUGGUGAUAAUAAUAGUAGUAAUAAUAAUAGUCAUUCUACUUCUGGUAAUAAUAAUGACAAUAAUACUUGGAUCCAUAAGAAUGUACAUCAUGGAAAUUUAAAACUAUCCAAUGUGUUAGUUCCAAAAUCAUGGAUGGAACCCUCGCUAAUUGUAGACACUAACGAACUCACGAAUGAAAGAAUCAAGAGAGGAUUAAUGUUAUGUGAUUUGAGAAGAGAUAUUUCAACAAGUACAACCACUACUACUACUACGAAUUUGACUACUAUGACGACCACUAGCACUGCUACUACUACUACUACGAUGAAUAUGACGACCAUCACACCUCAACAACAGUGGUAUGAAGAUUAUUUGAGCAUGGCUUGCAUGAUUUAUCAAUUAUUAACCUUUGAUUUAGAAACUGAUAUUCUUCUAUUAAUGUCAUGUAGUUCAACCUUUAAACAUACCAUGAUUCGAUCCAUUAUUAAUCACUAUGGAUAUCAAAGUCCAUCAUUGACUCAACUCAUGAAUAUUUUAUUUACCAUAUUUGCACCCAUCAUGAAAUUUGAAAUCAUUGACCAGUAUCCAUCAUGGAGUACAAGUGGUCAUGAUAGUAGUAGUAAUGUUUUCAUUGAGGAUGGUCAUGGUAGUGGUCAUGAUAGUAGUAGCAUUAAUAUUCAACACAUUGAAUUUCUUGUCAACCAACUUGUGAAGAAAUUGUAA